AAAGACUUCUUCCAUUCCUGUUCCUUCGUUUCCCUUACGACUUACCUAGCCUUUCUUGUGUUAGUCAUGACACUGGGAGAGCGGAACACUUACAUCAGUUCCAGAGCAGGUACUUGGAAGAGGUUUGCGUCACAGACGACAGAGAUGAGUAGUGCAGCUGAGGGCCCACUUGCUUGACUUGACUGUCACAGUGAGUGUGUGCUUGCUGGACCGAGGCCAUCUGAGAGGAGCUAGGCAUCACUGGGUGAGGGAGGGUAGGCAUCGUCAAUUGAUUACUCUCUCAUAACUAAGAUGGUUUUAUAUGUUUUGUUUUUUGUGGAGGUGGUGGUUUUGUUUUAUUUUUUGAAGAAGGUUUUGGUUAGUAUCCCUGGCUGGCUCAGAAGUUAUUCGGAGACCAUGCUGGCAUAUUAAACUUGUGAUCUUCCUGUCUCUACCUCCUAAGUGUUGAGAUUACAGGAGUGCACCUUUCUAGAACAAACAAGGCAAUUCUCCAUUUUUAACUGUUAACAUGUAGUUAACUUAGAAUUUAAAAUUAUUUUUAUGCCAUGUAGAAGAUGUAUAGUUUUAAUCUUAGCAUACGUAGGAGAAUGAAGAAAUGGAGGAAGAGAUGUGUACACAUAGCUUCUGUUUCCUUCUAAAUGUAUAUAGUUCACACAAUAAUAACAGUAGGAUGAAACUAAAGCCUGGGAUUUGCAGACAGAAGCUCACUGUAGUCAAGAGACAAGUGUGGGAAUGUAAGGGUUCGUCCAGAGCUUGUUUUCAUUUUCUUCAUUGUUGAAACUAGAGUCACCAGUCUGUUUUACCAUUUUAUUUUUAUUAUGAGGCCAUUGGGAGGACUAACUUAGAUUGGUUAUAAGCUCUAAUACAUUUCUGUGGUAAAAAUGAGAUCAUUUAACACUUAUGCCUUAGAAGCACUCCAUAGAGAAGGACCAUGUUUGAAGAGGGUGUAAAAUGUCAAAAUUCAUUACGUACAUGCACAAAGAAUGAGCAAAAGCAUAACAUCCAAAUACUGUUCUUCUAAAUGAAAGGAAUAAAGCAGUCAUGGAUAAAAGAGAACUAACCACCGGGCGUUGGUGGCGCAUGCCCUUUUAAUCCCAGCACUUGGGAGGCAGAGGCAGGUGGAUCUGUGUGAGUUCCAGGCCAGCCUGGUCUACAAGAGCUAGUUCCAGGACAGUCUCCAAAGUCACAGAGAAACCCUGUCUCAAAAAACAAAACAAAACAAAACAAAAAAAAGAGCGAGAACCAACCACCAGUAAACAUGACCACUAUAAGGAUGAGGAAAGAGGCAGGACAACAGAGAAUUCUUAAUUGUUCAGAGAACCCAGAGAAGCUCUGACCCCUCCCCCGCAACCCGGCCAGAAUGUUGGGCCCAAAAGAAUGAGCAGGUUAACAGAUGUCAUGUCCACGGUCUGGAGAGAAUGAAAGAUGAUCUGACUUACAGAACUGGCUGAGUCAUUGCAGACUACAGGGCUCACUCACCUCCAUGAACAUCAGAGGAACUUAAGCAACACUGAAGGAGUCCCUGUGCUAUCCAUAACCACCGCGGCCCAGGAGAGAAGGAAGAACAGAGAGACACAGCCUAAAGGCUGUAAGAAUCAAGAUGGAGAGCAGCCCACAAGGCACAAGCACAGAUCUGGGUUGCUGAGUCCGGAAAAAAGCCUAUCAGGAGGAGUGCUGCUGAUGGACAUAGAUCCUACAUAACGGUUUCUUUGGGCCAUGUCAGUGGCAGCAUCAGUAAGAGGGAUUACCUCCAUUCUGUCUUCUCUACAGAUAACAAAAGUGGCCUUAAAGGAAGCUAAGAUAACAUCUCACAUUUGGGCUGCCCAGCAGUUGAACUUGGGUCUGAGACUAGUGCCAGGACACCCAUCUGUCAAAGUAGGGAUCUUGGUGUUAUUGAUUUUUCUUCCAAGUGCAUUCUGUGACACAGGAUCUGUGUACUACUCUUCCUAUGAGACAGUCAUCCCCAAGAGACUGCCAGCCGAGGGGAGUGAAGACCCUGGAGGAAGGGUGUCCUACAUGCUGCUGAUGCAGGGCCAGCAGCAGCUGCUUCACCUAAAGGUACAGGGAGACCACUCUGUGAGUAACUUCCCAGUCUACAGUUACCACAAUGGCAUCCUGGGGCAAGAGAUGCCUCUCCUCUCACAGCACUGCCACUAUGAAGGCUACAUGGAAGGGGUGCCAGGCUCUUUUGUUUCUGUCAACAUCUGUUCAGGCCUCAGGGGUGUCCUGAUUAAGGAGGAAACAUCCUACAGCAUCGAGCCUAUGCUCUCUUCCAAAGGGUUUGAACACAUUCUGUACACCGUGGCACAUCAGCCUCGAGCCUCCUGCAGCGUCACUCCCAAAGGCAGCUCAGGGGACACCAGCCAGCAACAAAGGAACGGGAAGCCCUAUGACCUGUGGGAGCUGUCUGACCUGAGGUCACACACCAAGUAUGUGGAGAUGUUUGUCGUGGUCAACCACCAGCGCUUUCAGAUGUGGGGCAGCAGUGUCAACGAGACGGUCCAGGCAGUAGUGGACAUCAUCGCUCUGGCCAACAGCUUCACUAGGGGACUAAACACAGAGGUGGUGCUGGUGGGCAUGGAGAUCUGGACGGAGGGGGACCUGAUCAAGGCCCCGGUGGACCUGCAGGCUACCCUGAGGGAUUUCAACCACUGGAGACAGGAGAAGCUCGUGGACCGGCUCAGGCACGAUGUUGCACACUUGAUCGUCGGGCAUCACCCAGGAGAGAACGAGGGCCAGGCGUUUCUCAAUGGUGCCUGUUCAGGUGGGUUUGCAGCAGCUGUGGAGGCCUUCCAUCAUGAAGAUGUCCUGCUGUUUGCGGCGCUUAUGGCCCAUGAGCUGGGGCACAACCUGGGUAUCCAGCACGACCACCCGGCCUGCAUCUGUGAGCAUAAGCACCUCUGCCUCAUGCACGAGAAUAUCACCAAGCACAGUGGCUUCAGCAACUGCAGCUCUGAUGACUUCUACCGUUUCCUCCAUGACCACAGAGGGGCCUGCCUGCUUGACAGGCCUUGGCACCAAAGUCGUAAGGGCAGAGCUACCCGUUGUGGAAACGGUGUGGUGGAGGAUUGGGAGGAGUGUGACUGUGGUCCUGCUUGUGACCAUCAUCCAUGCUGUGAGCCAACCUGUACACUGAAGAAAGGUGCAGAGUGUAGUGACGGACUCUGCUGCUACAAAUGUCACUUCAAAAAGAAAGGGGUCUUAUGUCGUCCUGUUGAAGAUGUGUGUGACCUGCCUGAGUACUGUAAUGGCACUUCUCAAGAUUGCCCUGCAAACAGCUAUAAGCAGGAUGGCACGCUGUGUGAUAGGAUUUAUUACUGCUCUGGGGGUUGGUGCAAGAACCCUGAUAAGCAAUGCACAAAGAUAUAUGGGUAUUCUGCAAGAUCGGCCCCUGACGACUGUUACAUUUUAAUGAACACCAAAGGGAACCGGUUUGGAAACUGUGGCCAUCCCACCACAGCUAACUCACGAUAUGAAACAUGUUCCGAUGAGGAUGUAUUUUGUGGGAAGCUGGUAUGUACAGAUGUUAGCAACUUGCCGCAAGUCAGACCCCAUCACACACUCCUCCAGGUUCCUUAUGGAGAUGAUUGGUGCUGGAGCAUGGAUGCCUAUAACAUUACUGAUGUCCCUGACCUUGGGGAUGUGCAGAGUGGCACUUACUGCGCCCCAAACAAAGUGUGCAUGGAGUACUACUGUAUUGACCACACAGUGCUCCAGUACGACUGUGAGCCAGCGGAAAUGUGUCACGGGAAAGGAGUGUGCAACAAUCUUAGGCACUGUCAUUGUGACAAUGGUUUUGCCCCUCCUGACUGCAGCAGCCCAGGAAAUGGGGGGAGUGUGGACAGUGGUCCUGUUGGUAAGCCAGCUGAUCGAAACUUGAGUUUGUUUGUAUCUUUCGACAAUAACAAGGCUAAGAUGGACGAUGAAGAUGUAAACAUGAAAGUGGUGGUGCUUGUGGUCCCUAUAUUUCUUGUCAUUUUACUGUGUGCUCUAAUGCUGAUCGCCUACCUCUGGUCCGAAGUACUAGAAGCAGUAUCUCCAGGGAGUUCAUCAUCCUCUUCAACAGAAUCCUCAGAGGGGGCAGCCCAGCCCCCUGGGGGGGGAGUACCACCUUACAGGGCUCCCUUGUGAAGUUUAUUUAAGAUCUUCUCAUGGAUCACCGACAUUAACGUCUUGUAUCUGCAGGGCAAUUCUGACUGACUAAGUGGUCUUCAGAGCAUACUGCAUCUGCACUGUUUAGUGUAAUGUGUUAUCUGUACUUGUGUUGCUCACCUCAGUAACAACUAUUAUAGCAUAAAUGUUUUUAUGAGAUCUGAGAAUGUUCUAACUUGCCCUGUCAGCUACUGUUGAUAAAAUAGAGGUGGUUUUAAAUAAAUGAGUAAGAAGGCCUUUCCCCCUUCAGAUGAAGCAUCA